AUGUCUCAUAUUCCCGAAACAACCGCUGCCGAGCCGGCUGAAACUCUUGAAAAUGCUCAUAUCGAGCUGACCGAGGCCACAGACAAAAACUCAAGAUCAUCCCUGAGUUCGUCGUUUGUUCCCGUGGACAAUAUCCAAGAUGCUAUCCAGGUUAUUGAUGAGAACAAGCAGUUCAACAGAGCCAUCCUAGACUACAUCAGCAGCUCUCCUGACCGCCUGGGUCUGGGUGACUACCGUAUCAUAUCCGUUUUUGGCUCGCAAUCGACCGGUAAGUCUACAUUGCUCAACCACCUCUUCAACACCAAUUUCGAUGUCAUGGACGAAGUGAACAGACAGCAAACUACAAAAGGUAUUUGGUUGGCUCAUAGUCCUGGUGUGACGCAUUCGGCCAAAUCAAAUGCCUCCGACAAUGUCUUGGUGAUGGAUGUUGAAGGUACCGACGGUAGAGAACGAGGUGAGGACCAGGACUUUGAAAGAAAAGCUGCUCUUUUUGCCAUGUCUACUAGUGAAGUGCUUAUUGUGAACCUCUGGGAGACCCAGGUCGGUCUCUACCAGGGCGCCAACAUGGGCUUGCUCAAGACGGUGUUCGAGGUGAACUUGUCGCUUUUCGGCAAGGCCAAAUUGCGGAACAACGACCACAAAGUGCUUCUUUUGUUUGUUAUCAGAGACCAUCUUGGUGUUACACCUGUGGAGUCGCUUGCAAGAACAAUUGAGCAGGACUUGUUGAAGAUCUGGGACAACUUGAAUAAGCCAGCAGAUGUGGCCCACCUUGAGUUUACUGACUUCUUCGACUUAGCAUUUCACACACUCAGCCACAAGGUUUUGCAGCUCGAUAAAUUUAAGAGCGACAUCAAACUCUUGGGUAACAGAUUUGUGGACAAGAGCGACCCAGGCUUCUUAUUCAAGCCAUUUUACCACCACGAUAUCCCUAUUGAGGGCUGGACUAUGUAUGCACAGAGCUGCUGGGACCAAAUUGACAAUAACAAGGACUUGGACCUUCCGACACAACAGAUUUUGGUCGCCAAGUUCAAGUGUGACGAAAUUGCAUCUCUGUGCUUGGAGGAGUUUGAAGAGAAAUUCAAGGCUUUUGAAACUGACGCUCACGAGGCUGUGGCAAGUGGCUCCGCUAUCAGCUACGACGACAUUGGCAAGGUCAUGAAGGAUAUUAAUGAGGACAUUUUAGAGGAGUACGACUCCCAGGCAUCCAAGUACAACAAGCUGGUGUUCGAACAAAAGAGAGUCGCAUUGACUAACAAGGUCAAUGACAGACUUGGCGAGGUCUUUGGUGUUUACGCAGACCACCUCAGCAACAGCACAAUCAAGGACUUGGGCUCGUCUUUGAAGAAAAAAUCAUCCAAGUUCAGUUCAUUCGAAGAGAAGGUUGCAACUCUCACCGCUGCAUCAAUCGCAAGUUUUGUCACAAGCCUCACGCUUCUUUCUCUUGGCGGGUCUUUGCCAAUCGACAGCCAGGUGAAGUCACUUAAGGAAAAUGUCAACACACUUGUUGCCAAGCAGCAGGUUGUCGAAUUGAACAACAUCAUUAGCAAGUCCUUGAAGAAAAUCAACAAUGGCUUGUCUACAACGAUUCUUGAUGAGAUAGCCAAGCCAGACAAGAACACGUGGAAUCGCAUCUUAGAUAGUUUCACGGAGUUGAAGAACAAUUCCUUGAGCAAAUACCAGGCUGCUGAGGGCUACAACUUUGGCCUCGGUACCGAGGCUCAUGUCAACGACAAGGCUUUAUCUACUUUGGAGUUCAAGGCCUGGGAGCUUUUCGACCAGUUGAUCCAGAAGUACAUUUCCAAGGACAACUUAUUGAACAUUCUCAAGGAUAGAUUCGACGAAAAGUUCAGGUACGACGAGAAUGGUGUGCCAAAGUUGUAUCAAAAUGCCAUGGAGUUGGAGAGCAGCUUCGCGGAUUCCAAGGAUUACGCCUUGGAGGCGCUUCCAAUUCUCUCCUUUGCUCGGUUGUCCAAUGGAGCUGAGGUGAGACCAAAGUACGAUAUUCGCAACAAGAGUUUGCAAAAGAAGUAUGCUACUGUCCAGUUGGUUGCUGACGAAGAAGACGAAGACGACGAAGAGCUCGACAGCGAUGCCGAGGAAGAGGAUGGCCAGUGUUUCGCGCAGAUUGUCACCGAGAAGGAGAAGAGCGAUGUGUUGAUCAAGUUCAGAAAAGAGACGGAUGCCAAAUUCGUGGAGACCAAGCGCUCCAUCAUGCAGCUGGUGACCCAGAUCCCGUUGUGGGUGUACGUUGUGAUUGUUGUCCUCGGAUGGAACGAGUUCAUGGCUGUUCUCCGCAACCCCUUCUUCUUCACGCUUCUCGUGAUGUUUGGUGCCGGAGGCUACAUUUUGUGGCAUAUGGGGUUGCUCGGCCCAUCGAUGAUGGUGGCCCAACGGGCGUUUGACGAGGCUGUUGCAGUGGGCAAGACCAAGUUGCGGGAGAUUUUGAUUGACGAGCCUGAGCAGCACGGACAUAACCUCGGUACGAUCAGCGGAAACAGCAAUCGCCGUCUGGCGCCAUUGGAUAGGGAGACAGACGAGCCGGAAGUAAUUGCGUCUGGAGACACCGAGGAAGACUAG